CGUGACAAGUCACCUGACUCUCGGUUCCUUACAUAACAACAGGACUAGCUCGCUAGCGGGCGGCAGUACCAGUCAUUUCUUAACCGAAAGCGAGGCGUCAAGUUGCGCCGCAGAGUGUUACUUCCUUGACGCGUCCCCCCCCGCCCUCCUCCCCCCGCCAACAGUGUCUGGCUCCCCGGAAGGAGCCGUCCCGCAUCGAUGAAGCUCCCCGCGAUGCCGCCGCCCCGCUCGGGACUCGUAACCUGCGCCUUGGUUUUGAUGUGGCCGCUGCUCGGCUCCUGUCAUCCCGCAGCGACCCCGCAGCAGCCCGGCGUGGCGUUCAUGGAGGAGUUCGCCCGUCCGAGUGUGGGGUUCAACUGGAGGAACGUCAGCUGUGGCUUGUGCAAGGCCGUGUUCACCAUCCUUGACAUCGCUCUGCUGAACGACUUGAAUGAAGAGCGAGUGGCAUAUGCGGUAGGCGAGGCCUGCAUUCGUCUCCACUUGGCCGACGAGCUCGUCUGUCGACAAAUAGCCGAGUUGUUCAGGGACGACUUCAUCCGGGCGCUGCAGCAGUCCUUGCUGUGGCCCACUGAGGCGUGCGCCGUGCUUGUGGGCCCUUCCUGUGGCAAAUUUGACAUCUACGCCCCGUGGAACGUCACCCUGCCAAAGACCCCGAAGCCCCCCGUUACGCCGCCCUCUCCCCCCAAACCGGGCUCUCCACAGAGCAGGGUCCUGUUUCUGACUGACAUCCACUGGGACCAGGAGUACGUCGCCGGCAGCGCCGCAGACUGCAAGGACCCUCUGUGCUGUCGCAACGGCUCCGGCUUUCCCGGCCGGCGGCAGAUGGAGGCCGGCUACUGGGGGACCUACAGUAAGUGCGAUCUGCCCCUGUGGACGGUGGAGAACCUCCUGGAGAACGCCGCCAGAGACGGACCGUGGGACUGGGUGUACUGGACCGGAGACAUACCGGCGCACAAUGUUUGGUCUCAAACCAGGAAACAGCAGCUGUCGGAGCUCACGGUCAUCUCAAGGCUCAUCCACAAACACCUGGGGCCUAACGUGACAGUUUACCCUGCCAUAGGGAACCACGAGAGCACGCCGGUGAACAGCUUCCCCCCGCCGUUCGUUCACGGCAACAGAUCCUGCGCCUGGCUCUACGACACCAUGGCAGAGGAAUGGGCUCCAUGGUUACCCAAGCAGGCUUUGAAGACUUUAAGAUAUGGGGGAUUUUACACAUUAGAGAUUCAGCCUGGUCUGAGGGUGGUCUCUCUCAACAUGAACUUUUGUGCCCGAGAGAACUUCUGGCUGAUGGUGAACUCCACAGAUCCUGCUAACCAGCUGCAGUGGCUAAUCCAUGUUCUCCAGGCCAGUGAGGACAAGGGGGAGAAGGUACAUAUAAUCGGUCACAUUCCGCCUGGUCUGUGUCUUGGCAGCUGGAGCUGGAACUACUAUCACAUUGUCAACAGAUAUGAAACUACAAUUACCGGGCAGUUUUUUGGCCACACGCAUCUUGAUGAGUUCCAAAUGUUUUAUGACGAGGCCACCAUGAGCCGCCCGUUGGGAGUGGCCUUCAUCGCGCCCAGCGUCACGACUUACAUUAAGCUUAACCCAGGGUACCGUGUCUACUAUGUAGACGGGAAUUACAACGGCAGCUCCAGGCUGGUCCUCGACCAUGAAACCUACAUCCUCAACCUCACUGAGGCCAACCACAGUCCCGGAGCCCCGAGUAGCCCAGAACAGAACCCCAAGUGGACCCUGCUGUACCGCGCUACAGAGGCCUACGGGCUGACCAGCUUGUUCCCUGCUGACUGCGACGGGAUGUUGAAGACCUUCGUCAACGACGACCGGGUCUUCCAGAAGUUCUGGUACUUUAGGUUCAAAGGACACGUGUCGGUGCCCUGCAAGGAGAUGUGCAAAACUACGAUGCUCUGCUUGCUGCAAAGCGGGCGAUACGAUGAGCUGGAGAACUGCGACUUCUUCAAUGGUUUUGGAGGAAACUUAGCUCGGGCUGCCCGAAAAACCCUCUGUUGAGGAGAGGGAGGAGGAAGACCAAAUACAGUACUUGUUUAAACAAAGUACGGGAUCGAUUUUCUGACUUCUGGUCAGUCAGCUGCUGUUCUCCAAUGCCUGCUUUAAUUUUCAGGAAGUAGUUGUUUAUGUGAAAUGCACAGGAUUGAUAUUUUGCAAUUAUACUUUGUGCCUUGUAUCAAAAUAAACAACCAAAGCAACUCUCUAAAAGCUUAAACAUUGAAAUUAUCACGAAACUUCAUAGUAUGAGACACUUUCUUGUAAACUGGGACAAAAUGGCAAAUAUGGCGCAAAGCACAGUUUGUGGGGAUUUAAGCCAGUAAAGUAUUUACCAGUCUCAAGUGAGACUAAUGCUAUCUGCACUUUAUUGUUUGGCUAGUUAACUUUCAGGUUUGAUGGACAUGGUCAACUUCACAAGAAAUGAUGAACUGCAACUUGUGAAUAAAUGAUGUCAUGAUACUUGUCU